CUGUUGGUGCUGGAUGGAGUUCGGAGGGGGGCAACCGAAGUCCGGCGGAGGAAAGUGUCCCGGUUCGUUCAUUUUUUUCCACGCCCGAAGCCUGUCUUCGUGUCGAUAGCGAAGUAUUGUCGAAGUAAACUCUGGUAUCUCACCGCGCAGGUCCCACAUGGGAAUGUUUUGCUCCGGUUUGUAUGUUCGUCACUUCCGCGGAAACAGGAAACACGUUAAAAAUAAUAAAGUGCUUAGAAAAAGGAUUUAAAAAACUGUGAUAAUAAUUUCUUAAAAUUGUGUAUUUUGUACCUAUCACGUUAAACUGUAACUUUGUGUAAUUAGUGAACAAAAUCUUUUUGAAUAUUGUCUCAAUCGACACUGGCAUAUUUUGGACAACUUCUCGCGAGAACUUUUAUCGCGCUCCUUGUCUGGUUGCCAAGUUGGAGAAAAGAACCCGCAUCAAAAUCAUUUUGAAUUUGGAUUGAAUAGUGGAUCAUAAUAAAUUUGAAAGAAAAGGUUUUUAAGCGGGAUUUAAUAUUUUGAAAGAUUAUUAGUACGAUUAAUAAUAACUAUAAAAGGUACACUAAGCCUUUAAGUAUGAAAUCGGAUCGAUGAAUCAGUUCUCUUUGCUCACUAUGUUCGAAAAUACAAACAAACGUUUACUUUACUUGAAAUAUUUUGGUAGUUUAAGUAACUUUGCAAAUAAAUAAACUAUCAGCGAUUCUAAAUCAUGUUUACGGUGUGUCCAAGAACAGAUUCGAUGUUUUAUUUUACAAUGAGGCGUGUGGUAGAAACGGAUGCCGACAGAAAGGACCUGGCAACACAGCUCCCAGGCUAUUAUAGACAUUAUAUACGUAGACGCCUCAAAUUCUGACGCUUCCUAUUGGAGCACACGUAUCAGCGCGGCCGGCAUCUUGGAUGAGUCCCCUGUGUGCCUCCAGAAUAACUCUCUGAAUCUCUGCCCGAUUUUCACACUGUUUGGUUUGUUACAUCGGCAGGGGUGUAGCAAUAAUACAGGACAAUGUCACACAUUAAAAAUAAAUCAAAUUAUUUUUCAAUCCUAUUUGUGAAAUGUAAUCCUACGUGAUCUGGUUUCAAUACUGCGUCGGGUUUUUCAACCAUAGAGUGCAAAAAAAAAAAACGGGCAUAGUUGCUCGUUCUCCAUUGACCCCGUUCGGCUCUUGAGCGAACCUUGAGUGGGGAGACCCAUCCAACAUGGCGGUGACGCUGGCUUACGCCUCAGCACGUAACGAGGCGUCUACGUGUAUAAUGUCUAUGCGUGGGUGUCCCCAUUAAACCUCGUGCGUUGCAGUAGCAGAAGGUUCAUCGGCGUGGUGACUGUGAGGAAAACUUGGGUGCUCUCUGUAACGAGGGCGCAAAACCUUAAAAAAUUGACUGAGUCGCCGCCAAAAUGCUCGUUUUAUUUGAGACCGCAGCUGGAUAUGCAAUAUUCAAAGUAUGUAUUCAACUUUUAUUUCCUGACAGGUCAAGAAAGAGAGAGAAUAACGCAUUAUGGACCGGAGUUAGCUCAAGUUAGCUUCUCCGCUAUUUACCCAGGCACACGUUGGUGCAGUUUUAGCUAAGAGAAUUGGCACUGAGUGAUUAAAAAUGAUAUAUGUUAUUGUUCUCGGUUACUGAAAGUGUAAUUAUAACAGUCCCAGUGUAGAAGAGCUUCUACUUAAGCAUAAGCACCGCUAGCAACGUGGUGGCCUUGUAACCACGUGUGCGUGUUCAGGGCUAACCUCCAGUUCCCACAGUUUCGUGUUCAUCUACUCCGUGGACUUAUAGCAAUUUUAACGUUUUUUUCCAAACAAGUGGCACUCAAUUUCGGUGCAACUUGCGUAAUUUAGGUAAUUAAUUUAUAUUUAGUCGAUAGAUUAGUCGAUUAAUCGAAAAAUGAAUUAUUAGAUUAAUCGAUACGAAAAUAAUCGAUAGGGGCAGCCCUAAUAUUUACAUGUUGUGACCUUCUAGUAUGCCUGACAGUUAACACAUAUUUGAUUUUGUGUUUCAGGUCCUCGAUGAAUCAAAGCUGCAACAGGUUGACAGCCUGUACAAGGAGUUCGAUACUCCUGAGAAGGCAAACAAAAUGUAAGCAUUGAGAAAGCAUGCCAUCAGACAGCACAUUGUCUUUUAAGUGAAUGUAAUACGCUGUUUUGUAGUGUACAAAUCAGUAUUGAGCUAAAGUGGGUGAGCAAAUAUCAAUUAAUCAGAUUUUGUCUAUAUAUUGCCAAUUCACAACAGUCGUCAUCCCGAGACGCUUUCCAAAGAAGAAGAGCAGGUCUAGACCGUGCUCAUUGUUUGAUGAAGUAUCAAGACCUAACCAAAUAUGGGAUUUGGCCCAUCUCAUCGAACAUGAGUGACAGUGGCAAGGAAAAACUUCCUUUUAACAGGCAGAAACCUUGGGCAGGACCAGACUCAUGCCAGACAAGAUAGAGGAAAGGAGAGAGAGAGAGAACAAGAUAGAGGGAAGGACAGAGCUGGGGUACUCCCAGGAAAAGGCUGCAGGCUGCUCUGAGCACUAAUUUCAAAUUUUUUCCUCCACUAGUGUGAAGUUGAAGCACUUUGAGAAGUUUCAAGAUACAACCGAGGCCUUAGCAGGUAACCACGAUAACAUUUGUGCAUAUACUAGAUUCAAGGUCUGUGAUGCAUUUCUGUGUCUGACUAAAACAUGAGGCACCCUACAGUAUUCGUCACUACCACUGAGACCAUACCGUUAAAAUUUCUUUACAUUUGCAUGAAGGAAAAAUUGUGUUUAAUUGGAUGUUUAACAAUACCCUUAUAGGCCUUUCCAGGGUUGUACUGAAUAGAUUGGUAUCUCUCCCUCUUAGCUGCCACCGCUCUCGUGGAAGGAAAGAUUGGUAAGAGCUUGAAGAAAGUGCUCAAGAAAGUUGUCGCCAAAGAGGCUCACGAGCAGCUGGCCAUCAGUGAUGUGAAGCUCGGUGGAGUGAUCAAAGUAAGUCGACAUACAUAUACAGCAAGAAUAUUCAAACCGAGGCUUAAAACACUAGAUGUGUUACUUACAAGUGGAUGUUGAUUUCAGGAAAAGCUGGACCUGAGCUGCGUCCACAGCCCGGCUAUCGCUGAACUGAUGAGAUGCAUCAGGAGUCAGAUGGAGGGCCUCAUCACUGGGCUUCCUCCUAAGGAAAUUAGUGCUAUGUCACUGGGGUUGGCUCACAGGUGAGUUGGCAGAUACAGCGUUGCAAGAAUGAGCACGACUGCUGCCGAUGAUUACACUUGCUGUCUGAAACCUCGUGUAGAUUUCCCUCAGCAUUCGUCACUACCACUGAGGCAGCAGUCUCUCAAAGCAGACAGGAAGGAAAGUCUGGGAUAUUCAAAGGUUAAGUCCUCUCUUUUUUCUUUUUUUUUCUCUUCAGUUUAUCCCGCUACAAACUGAAGUUCAGUCCUGACAAAGUGGACACCAUGAUUGUGCAAGCCAUCUGUAAGUCAUAUUUCUAAGUUAAACCGAUACACUGCAUGUUUUAAAGCUGGUAAUAGGGGUGUAAAUUGAGCACAAGUCAACAAACCCAAAUAAUUGUUUACCUUUGUGUCUCCAGCUCUUUUGGAUGACCUGGAUAAGGAGCUCAACAACUACAUCAUGCGGUGCAGGGAGUGGUACGGCUGGCACUUUCCUGAGCUGGGGAAAGUCGUCACAGACAACUUGGCCUACUGCAAAGCUGUCCGCAAGAUUGGUAAAAAAAAGUCUAAAUUAUCUUUUUUUUUUUUGUUAAUGGUAUACUAUUGAUGAAUAGUGCCGUGCCCCUCACACCUGAUUCAAAUGAUCAGCUCGUUAUCAAGCCAUUACAGAGCUUGAUAACGAGCUGAUCAUUUGAAUCAGGUGUGUUGGAGCAGGGAAACAUCCAAAACAUGCAGGACAGUGGGCCUCGAGGACUGGACAUGAGAACCACUGACUGAAAAGAUUCGGUUCUUUUGAAAGAAUUGUUCGUGAACGACACAACACUAUUGAUGAAGGCAUUUUUGGAAAUUCAUAAAAUGCAGAGAAACCAGUCCAUGGCACCCCUGCAUUGUGAAUCAGCACUAUCCAUAUAUAUGUCUAUGCACAUCUGCCUCCUGUUGAAGAGGACUACUAUUAUAUGGCCCUUCUUAUACUCUGAUAGAAGCUACUUCAGUGCUAGUUUGUUGCAGAUAAACAAACUUUUUUUAUCAUCAUCCUCAACUCCAAAAUUUCACACAUUUCCCAUAAUGCAGCUCUUGGUUUACAUGCAUCAACCAAAGAGUAAAAGUCUCUAGUUAUUUAUAGGCUGAGUGUGUCCUUGUGUGUCACCAGGUGAUCGUACAAAUGUGGCCACCACCGAUCUUUCCGAAAUCCUCCCGGAGGAAAUCGAAGCUGAGGUCAAGCUGGCUGCUGAGAUCUCCAUGGGAACAGAGGUGUCCGAACAGGACAUCGGAAACAUCAGCCACCUGUGUGACCAGGUAUGUGACCGCUUUUCAUCCUUAUAAAUCCACACCGGUACAUAUUUUAUUUCUUAUAUUAACACUUAAAUGAUGUAAAGCUCUGUGACAGUGAUGAUGAUGAUGACAGUUGUCUUUUUUCCUGAAGUGUACAUGUGGGUUUUCAGUCACUACCUCAUCUGAACAGUCACAGAUUCUGAUUCCUGAAAGCCCAAAGCUGUAUCUAAGAUUGAUAUUUGUGACACCAACCUUAUUUUCUCUUUUAUUCCAGGUGAUAGAGAUCUCAGAUUACCGCACACAGUUGUAUGACUAUUUAAAGAACAGAAUGAUGGCGAUCGCCCCGAACCUGACAGUGAUGGUGGGUGAGCUGGUUGGAGCCCGUCUCAUCUCACAUGCAGGUAAAUUUAAAAUGGAGGCAGUGUGAAAACCGUCUGAGCUAUGAUGAUAACGACACUAAGUCACUUUCCUGAAAUCGCUGAUGCUUUUAAGUCACUACCUCAUCUGAGCUCAAAGUUAUGAGGCUCAACGGUUGCGUGCAUGAAAGAGCUUCAGAUUUACCCUCGGGCCUCGCUUCUGUUUUCAAGGUUCUCUCCUGAAUCUGGCCAAGCAUCCAGCCUCCACAGUGCAGAUCCUGGGAGCGGAGAAGGCUCUGUUCAGAGCCCUGAAGACCCGCAAAGACACGCCCAAGUACGGCCUCAUCUACCACGCCUCCCUGGUGGGCCAGACUGCAGCCAAGAACAAGGGCAAGGUACAUUCAGGACGAGUCGUGGCCCAAAUCUGUUCAUUAAAAGUCAAAUGGCUCAAAAGCUGACCCGAUCUUUGUCCUCUGUAAUGUGUCCAGAUCUCCAGAAUGCUGGCAGCUAAGUCUGCUCUGGCUAUCCGCUACGAUGCCCUGGGAGAGGACACCAACGCAGAAAUGGGCGUAGAGAACCGUGCCAAGCUGGAGGCCAGGCUGCGCCAGCUGGAGGAGAAGGGGGUUAGUACAACAACAGACGUGUAUACAGUAAAACCAUCAUAGCACUAUUUGAAGAAAGCAGUUGAAGAAAUUAAGACUUCAUAUUUACUGAUUUCUACUGCGGUACAAGAAGAACACUUAAAUCGUGUAACAAAAUGAUUUGGCUUAAUUUGCACUGUCAAAACCUUCAUUUUAAAGACAUCAUUUUUAACUCGAAUGGGUCAGGAAAAUCUGCUAUAAAUUCUGCUGUUUUAAGAUUUUCUCCUUUCUCCUCAGAUCCGAAGAAUCAGUGGUACAGGCAAAGCAAUGGCAAAGGCAGACAAAUAUCAACACAAGAGGUGAGUAUUCACAAAGUGCUCAUUUUACAGGAAAUAACACAUGCAUACAAAGGUGUUUACACUCUUUAUUUUCUCUUUACAGUGAAGUCAAAAUAUACGAUCCAUCAGGUGAUUCCACUAUUCCUUCCACGUCAAAAAAGAGGAAGUUUGAGGAGGUCAAGGAAGAGGAGGAGGAGGCUGGUGAAGAGCCUGUAACGCCGGUGGUCAAAUCCAAAAAGCCCAAAAAAGAGCCGGUAGCAGAAGGUAGGCAGAGUAAACAUGAAGUUAAUGUGUAAAAUAAAACAUGGAGGAGGUUAUGAUACUCAAUCCGCUUUUUUUUCCCCUCCCAUUCAGUUGAAGAAGAAGAAGAAGCACCAGCAGAGGAGACUCCCAAGAAAAAGAAGAAGAAGAAGAAGGACAAGAAAGCAGAGGCGGAGGCUGAGGAAGAACAACCAAAAGCAGAGGAGGCGGAGGAGAUGGAGGUAGCAGCAACAGAGGUACGAGUUGAUCUGGAAGUUUUAUUCGAAGUUUACAAGUGUAAAACUGUUUAUUUUAGCGCUGAUAUAUCCGGCUUUUGUCUCCACAGUCGAGCGAAAAGAAGAAAAAGAAGAAGAAAAAGAAGGUGAAGGAAGAAGAGGAAGGAGAUGAGUGAAAAGAAAAGUGAAUGGUGUACAUAUUUCCAGUUUUAGUUUUUAUAUUUUUAUUUGUCUUAUGCAUUUUACAUGGAAUUAGGGCAGUGCUGUACUGAGUGCCUGUUUCCGGACUUUAAAUAAGAGUUAUUUCUCGAGAAACAUCCAUGAUAGACCUCUUUUUUUUUUUUUUUUUAAAUUACUGAGAGUAAGGAAGGGUCUCUGUUAUGAAUUUGGGAUUGUGAGUUUUUAUGUUGAUUAUAUGUGAUCAUACCCACACCGGACAAAAUUCAGCACAACAGCAGAAUUCUGUGUCUCAGUGUAUCGUCUGACUGAACAUCUGCCCUGGUGAAAUAAAAUAUCGUUUGCCUUAAUGAUGUGUUGUGGUUUUAUACUCUAAAGAUGUCAGACCUGAUUUGGGACAGUGUGCUACAUGACAUGAACAAAGGUCCACUGCUUUGACUUUAACAAGAUAGUCAAAAUACUGAUUGGUAACAGAGUUUUUAACCUCUGCAAAGGUUUUUAUCUCUUUAAAACAACUCUGGAACUGAAAGCUAAAGCUAGUUUCCAAAAAUCUGCCAUUUUUUGGAAUUAUUUCAGAAUUAUGCGAUUUUUUUUCUUGACCCUUUUUUUUCUGUGUAAAGUAUAAUUAUAUAGAUUAAUGAGAAAAUUUCUAGUGUAAUAAAAUUUACUGUUCUGAAUUAACAUUUCCUGUAACUCAGGAAUACAACAGAAUCUUCGUGUUUUUUUCGUCAAGUAAAUGCAAUAUGCUUAUGCUUUAUAUAUGUGUGUGUGUGUUUGUACAGGUGCAUCUCAUUAAAUUAGACAAUCAAAAAUUUGAUUUAUAAGUAAUUUAAUAGACCUUUUUCGCAGUACGCAGAAUGUAGCAUUCCGCUCACUUACGGUUUUAGCGUGUGGUGGAGCCACUUAGCAUCGCCCAUAUACGGCCAUUCAUUUUUCACGAUAGCUCGCGACUCGUUUUUUUGAAAGGAAUUAUGGGAAUUAUGUGUAAUAGGCCUGGAAAUUUUCUGAUGAUGGUAACCAUUGCUCUUCAGUAAUGACCUAUGAAACAUAAUUCCCGAAAAGUAAAGUACAAAAUCCGGACAGUAUUAUGAAGAACAGGAGUUAGUAAAACAGCACAAAGCAUAAAUUUUUACUUUACCUUUCCAAAAAACGAGUCGCAAGCUUGUUAAUAUCGUACGGUGAAAAAGGUCUAUUCUAAAAGUGAAGAUCAAAUUCAUUAGACACAGUUAGAUAUACAGUAUUUCAAGAGAUUAUUUCUUUUCAUUUUGAUGAUUAUAACUUCAAACUAAUCAAACCCCCAAAUUCAGUAUCUCAGGAAAUUAGAGUAUUUCUUAAUGCCAAUAGAAUAAAAAAUUAAAAAGUGAUUUUCAACACAGAAAUGUUGGACUACUUAAAAGUAUGAAGUCCAGGAGCAAAAAGUACCAAGAUAAAAGCACGCAGAGGGCGUAACCACAAUAAGGAUUGAACCCACUGACUCAUGUGGACACACGAGACGAUCAUGUUUUUUUCAUAUAUCACUGUACUUUGUAGACUCUAGACCUUCAAAAUUUACCAAGAAGUGGGCAAGGUGGGACUCGAACCUACAACCUGGAGUCCCAGUCAGUGUUCUUAUCCUCUGAGUCACUCGGACACACAGGAUUAUACCACUUGUUUCCUCUUUCACUUUCCUGUCUAGACACUAGACUUCAAAAUUCACCUUGUCCAGAAAAAGGCUCGAACACACCACCUCAGGAGUACCAGUCAGUCUCCUUAUCCCAUGAGCAAUGUGGACACACAAGAGAAAUGUGGUUUUUUUUUUCACAUAUCGCUGUCCUUUGUGAACUCAAGACUUUAAAAUUCACCUAAAACUAGGUAAGGUAGGACUCAAACCUACGACCUCAGGAGUUCCAGUCAGUGUUCUUAUCCUCUGAGCCACUUGGACAUACAGGGUGAUACCAUUUGUUUCCUCUUUCACUUUCCUGUCUAGACACUAGACUUCAACAUUCACCUUGUCCAGAAAAAGGCUGGAACACACCACCUCAGGAGUACCAGUCAGUCUCCUUAUCCCGUGAGCCAUGUGGACACACAAGAGAAAUGUGUUUUUUUUUUUCACAUAUCGCUGUCCUUUGUGGACUCAAGACUUUAAAAUUCACCUAAAACUAGGUAAAGUAGGACUCGAACCUACGACCGUAGGAGUCCCAGUCAGUGUUCUUAUCCUCUGAGCCACUUGGACACACAGGAUUAUACCGCUUGUUUCCUCUUUCACUUUCCUGUCUAGACACUAGACUGCAAAAUUCACCUUGUCCGGAAAAAGGCUCGAACACACCACCUCAGGAGUACCAGUGAGUCUCCUUAUCCCGUGAGCCAUGUGGACACACAAGAGAAAUGUGUUUUUUUUUUUUCCACAUAUCGCUGUCCUUUGUGGACUCAAGACUUUAAAAUUCACCUAAAACUAGGUAAGGUAGGACUCGAACCUACGACCUCAGGAGUUCCAGUCAGUGUUCUUAUCCUCUGAGGCACUUGGACAUACAGGGUGAUACCAUUUGUUUCCUCUUUCACUUUCCUGUCUAGACACUAGACUUCAACAUUCACCUUGUCCUGAAAAAGACUCGAACACACCACCUCAGGAUUACCAGUCAGUCUCCUUAUCCUGUGAGCCAUGUGGACACACAAGAGAAAUGUGUUUUUUUUUUCACAUAUCGCUGUCCUUUGUGGACUCAAGACUUUAAAAUUCACCUAAAACUAGGUAAGGUAGGACUCGAACCUACGACCUUAGGAGUCCCAGUCAGUGUUCUUAUCCUCUGAGCCACUUGGACACACAGGAGUAUACCAUUUGCUUCCUCUUUCACUUUCCUGUCUAGACACUAGACUUCAAAAUUCACCCUGUCCGGAAAAAGGCUGGAACACACCACCUCAGGAGUACCAGUCAGUCUCCUUAUCCCGUGAGCCAUGUGGACACACAAGAGAAAUGUGUUUUUUUUUUUCACAUAUCGCUGUCCUUUGUGGACUCAAGACUUUAAAAUUCACCUAAAACUAGGUAAGGUAGGACUUGAACCUACGACCUUAGGAGUCCCAGUCAGUGUUCUUAUCCUCUGAGCCACUUGGACACACAAGAGAACUGUGUUUUUUUUUCACAUAUCGCUGUCCUUUGUGGACUCAAGACUUUAGAAUUCACCUAAAACUAGGUAAGGUAGGACUCGAACCUAUGACCUCAGGAGUUCCAGUCAGUCUCCUUAUCCUGUGAGCCAUGUGGACACACAAGAGAAUUGGGUUCUUUUUUCACAUAUCGCUGUCCUUUGUGGACUCAAGACUUU